ACACUGUUAACAGUGAAAGAGAAAUGUCAAAUUAAAAAAAAAUUAAUUUUUCUUAAUUCAGUCUGGUCAUUUGUUUAUCUUCUAUCUUUAGUAAAUAUAUUAUAAAAAUAUACGCAAUUUUCGGGAGAUGGAGCAAUCAGUAGCCAGUAAAAAUAAAACUGGAGCUAGUACACUGUCUCCAAUAACCACGAACCAAUCAACUAUCGGAAUGGAGUCUGCGACUGAAGUAGUUAGGGAAAGUUGUAACAAAUUUCCGUCAUCGAAGUGGGUGAAGCUGAAUGUUGGUGGAAAAAUUUAUGUGACCACCUUAUGUACGUUGGUUAGUAAAGAGCCCGAUAGUAUGUUGGCGCGCAUGUUUUCGCAGGAUGGAAUGUUGCCUAGUGAACAAGACGAACAAGGUGCUUAUCUCAUAGAUCGCAGUGCGCACUAUUUUGAGCCAAUUCUAAAUUACUUGCGGCAUGGGCAACUGAUUGUGGACGCUCAUGUAAGCCUUGAAGGUGUAUUGGAAGAAGCGAGGUUUUUUGGAAUUUAUUCGCUUAUAAGUCAACUUGAACCCCAACUUGCACAAAUCAAUCGACCCAUAGACGAUAUGCCACUCACACGACGGGAUGUUAUUAAAGCAUUAAUUCAAACACCCCAUGCUAGUGAGUUGCGAUUUCAGGGCGUUAACCUGGCAGGUGCUGAUUUACGAAAGCUUGAUUUCCGUAAUAUUAAUUUUAAGUAUGCAUGUAUGCAACGGUGUAAUUUAUCACAUGCUAAUCUGACGUAUUGCUGUCUCGAACGCACCGACUUGGCCUAUGCGAAUUUGGAGUGUUCGCAACUCGUUUCAGUAAAGGGAUUGUGCGCUAAUAUGGAGGGCGCCAACUUGCGCGGAUGUAACUUUGAGGAUCCGACUGGGGUCCGUACUAAUCUUGAAGGUGUCAAUCUUAAAGGUGCUUGCUUAGAAAGUAGCAACAUGGCGGGAAUAAAUCUACGUGUUGCCAAUUUAAAGGAUGCAAACAUGAAGAAUUGCAAUUUGCGUUCCGCUGUACUUGCAGGAGCCGAUUUGGAACGUUGUAAUUUAUCUGGCAGUGAUUUACAGGAAGCAAAUUUGCGUGGUGCCAAUUUGAAAGACGCUGAACUCACCCUUAUGGUGACACCAUUACACAUGGCUCAAGCCAUACGAUGAGGUGUGGCUACAUUAAAUGUUACCAUCCCACACCUUAAUUUUCCUGUGAUUUGAUACGCUAUCUAUUUCUUGCUUGCGCUUAAUUUUCGGGAUUUAAUUGAAAUAAUAUUUUCAACACUGCAGAGCCAAGCAGAAAACAUUAUAGUGAUAGUCUGUAGAUACUAUUUACAUAAAAAUUAAUAUUAGAAAUUAAGAAAUUUCAUACUACGAAAAAUAACAAUGACUGAGGGACUUGCAUACAACAUCACUAGAGAGUUAAUUUUUAACAGGAAUGUCAUGUGUAUACAUUAUAAUCCUUAUAAAUUAAUCCGCAGAUAAUAAAAUCCCCGUAAGGUAUUAUUGUUAUUCUGGAGAAAAAUUUCUAAAACGAUUUUACUUAAAAUUUUUAGAUUCGAUACCCAAAAGCGUUUAUUUUGUACGAGAACAAAUUGUGCUAUGCACACUUGCCAAAAUUUGAUCUAUUGUAUUGUAGCAAGCACUCGUGGAAGCGCAGCGGUGCAGCAGUAUAAAAAAAACCCUUGUGUGCAUCAAGCCUAAGUAUUCUUAAAUGCAUCGGUAUAAGUUUGCCCCACGACUUUUUUCGUUUACAAAUGGUUUACAAGAACUCAACAAGCUUUUCAGGUGACCAGCCUUUUAUUAAAAAUCUGCUGUGAAGUUCUACUGGAAAAGUAUUUGCACUAUAGGCUAUCCACAGAAAAUGAACCUACAAUUUACGGUCUUUUAGCAGUGUGCAAACUUAAUUUUUUUAAUAUGCGGUAGAAUUGAGAAAAAUCAUUCAAUUACACUGGAUCACAAAUUUUAAUUUGAUAUUUGGUCUCCAGACACCACUAUCCAAUUUUUAUGUAGAACUGCUCGGUGAAUCCGAAAUUCGGGUUAAUUUUUUUUCUAUGGACACGUUUUCGAAAUACAUAUUUGCAAUUUACCGUUAUUCAGC